UGUGGUUCUGGAGCGUGUUAUUUGUGGUGAGCCUAGGGGUUGUCCUAGGGGCCGACCCUCCUCAGACUUGGUACAGCUCGGCGACUGUGUACCAAGUAUACCCGAGGUCUUUUAAGGACAGCGAUGGCGACGGAGUGGGAGAUUUAAAAGGCAUCACGCAGAUGGCAAGCUACUUCAAGGAGAUCGGCGUGACCGCAGUGUGGUUGUCUCCAAUAUUCACUUCCCCCAUGGCAGACUUUGGCUAUGACAUCUCCAACUUUACGGACAUUGACCCACUAUUCGGCACCAUAGAGGACUUUGAAGAGCUUGUGGCCACAUUCAGAGAAUUGGACAUCAAGAUUCUACUGGAUUUCGUCCCCAACCACUCGAGUAACGAACAUCCUUGGUUCCUAAAGUCAAUUAAAAACGAUACUGACUACAAAGACUUCUAUGUGUGGCGCAACCCAAAAUAUGACAUAAAUGGCACAAGACUACCACCUAACAACUGGAUAAGUGUAUUCUCCGGCUCAGCGUGGGAGUGGGUCCCAGAGAGAGGUCAAUACUACCUCCGCCAGUUCGCCAUUCAGCAACCCGACCUGGACUACAGGAACCCUGCGGUCAAAGGAAACAUGACAGCCGUAAUCAACUUCUGGCUGGACAAAGGUGUAGAUGGGUUCCGUAUGGACGCAGUGGCUCACUGUUUCGAGGCGGCGAACUUCACUGAUGAACCCGCAAAACCCGGAACACCCGGGAACACCUACGAGACUCUUCAGCACAUCUACACCCAAAACCAGCCUGAGACUUACGCUAUGCUGAAAGAGUGGGCAGAAAUGUUGCACGAGAGAUCACAGCAGGAUGGUCGACAAAGAGUUAUGAUACUAGAGGUCUACUAUCCUACUCCUUUAGCUGUAACUUACUACGGGUCUGGCAACGCGAGCCUGAUGUUUCCAUUCAACUUCAACUUGUUGACCUAUGGAAAUCAAUCUGUCCGUGCACCUUUCAUCAAGUCCUUGAUAGACGACUGGAUCUUCUAUGCGCCUAAAGGGAGCCAGUAUAACUGGGCGGUUGGAAAUCACGACAACAUAAGAGCGGCAAAUAGGUACGGUACAGAGAUGGUGGAUUCUAUCAACCUGCUGACUGGAGUACUUCCAGGCAUCAAGGUUGUGUACAACGGCGAAGAGAUGGGAAUGGAGAACACCUACGUGAGAUGGGACCAGACUGUAGACCCAAGUGGCAUAAGACUGGGACCGUAUCGUUACUUGGAGGGCUCCAGAGACCCGCAGAGAACACCCAUGCAGUGGGACGACACCCCGAGCUCAGGGUUUUCCCAAGACCAAGAUACCUGGCUGCCAAUCAACCCCAACUACUGGUGGCUGAACGUGGAGGCCCAGCGGAACUCCAAGACCUCCCACUUGAAAGUGUUCCAGACCUUGAUGCAGGCUAGGAAAGACCCUGUGCUGCAAUAUGGUGGCGUCGACCUCUACGCACCAGACAACGAUACUUUAGUAAUCAAACGGUAA